UUCACACUGGGAAUAUACAUGUGGUAUUACUGUGUUUGUCCUUAGGGUUAAGACCCCCGUGCCGAGUAAUGCCUCCAAGUAGCCUAAACACUCCCAGACCUGUGAACACUAGGGUGCGCUUGUCCAGUGUCUGUGAUAUCAUGCAGUCAGGGCUGGGAUCCAGUGGGUGGGCUCUCUGGCUUCUUCCGCAACCAUUUCCCACAAGAUUUCUACUGCACCCGGGGGUGGACCUCGGUGGCACGCCCCUGCCACCUCCCCGCUUCCCAGCCCCAGGGAGUGGCCAGCCCAGACCAACCCACUGGAGAAGUUCAUGAUAAGUGCAGGGAGGCUGGAGACCUCUGGGGCUCUGAACAUAGUCUCCACAUCCACAGGCGAUCCCUGGAGGCCACAAGGGCUUGGUGACUGAGACCAGAAAGGCUUCCAGCAUCCAGUCCGGGAGCCCAGCUGGCAGAAGGGGAGCACCUGGGAGUCUCCACUGCCCCGCUGCCCUCCCCCAGCAUGAAAACCCUAAAGAAACAGCAGCUAGAAGUACUGAGCAUCUACAAAUACGUGUUCUGUUUCCUCUUCAUGGGCCCUUUCUUUUCCUUUCUUGCCUCCUUUCUCCUCUUCACCUCCCUCUGGUGGCUCUCUGUUCUCUACUCGGUGUGGUUAUUCCUGGACCAGGACAUACCCCACCGAGGAGGAAGGUGUUGUCAGUGGACGAGGAACUGGGCUCUUUGGAAACACCUGAGUGAUUAUUUCCCCAUUAAGCUGAUAAAAACAGCAGAGCUGCCCUCAGACGGGAACUAUGUACCUGUCACCCACCCACAUGGGAUCUUGGCCAUCGCAAGCUUCUGUAACUUCUGCACGGAGGGCACUGGCUCCUCCCAGCAGUUCCCAGGGCUUCAGUUCUCGGUGGCCAUAUUGAACAGGUUCUUCUGCCUCCCAGUCUAUCGAGACUAUGUUAUGUCCUAUGGAGUAUGUUCCAUGAACCGUCAGAGCCUGGAUUUUAUUCUGUCCCAGCCCCAGCUCGGCCAGGCUGUGGUCAUCAUGGUCGGGGGAGCCCAUGAGGCCUUGCAUGCCAUCCCAGGGCAGCACUGCCUCAUUCUCCGGAACCGUAAAGGUUUUGUCCGCCUGGCACUGAGGCAUGGCCCUCUUCUUUCUUGUCUCCUCACCUUCCCAGCAGCUCUGGAGAAUGACAUCUUCAGAGUUAAGGCUUUUGCCCCAGACUCCUGGCAGCGUCCGUUCCAGGUCACCAUCAAGAAGUCCGUGGACAUUUCUCCUUGCAUCUUCUGGGGCUGUGGUCUCUUCUCAGCCAAGUCCUGGGGCCUGAUGCCCCUCGCCAGACCCAUCACCACUGUGGUGGGCCGCCCCAUCCCGGUGCCCCAGUGCCCACAGCGCACCGAGGAGCAGGUGGACCAUUAUCACACGCUGUACAUGAAGGCUCUGGAGCAACUGUUUGAGGAGCACAAGGAGAGCUGCGGCCUCCUGGCUUCUACUCACCUCACCUUCUUCUAGGCCUGGACUCACCCCUCCUCACCUCACAGCCCCACCCACCUGCCCCACAGCCCCUGAUCCCAGUGUCUGAGCCCCCACUGACUCCACACUACUGUGCAAAUAAAAGCCAGUUCUCUCACCACUGCUUGGUAGAACCUUUCUCUAGGAGUGAGCCUGCCCACUCGUGUUCUACCUCCACCCUAACUGAUACAGACUUGCUGCCUUAGACUUGCUGCAGGGCCCUGAAUUCUCUUCCCAA